UGUAGCUCAAAGCUCUAGCUUUGAUAUAGAGGAAGACAAUGCAAUUAAAGGAUCAAACCUUUCAGACGAUACAGGUGCAUCUGUUUCUGUAGACCAACCUUUAAACUAUGAAGAAAAUGGUGACCCAUCUAAUGCAAAUGAAAAGAAUCAAGAGAGCAGAGCACAAGUUUUGAAAUCUAAGGUUCAGUUUAAUUCUUCAAAGAAAACAAAAACUAAUAAGGUUAUUUAUGAUCCUGUUGACAAUUACAUAGAGCGCAUUCCUUCAAAUUUGACAGACAAUUCUUUACCAAGCAUUGACGAAAUAUUGUUAAAUGUUAUAAUCAAUUCUAGUAGAAAAACAACUCUUUCACACUCAAAUAAUGUCGAAAAUGAUGGUGCUGAUAUUGGAGUAAGGAUCAUGUCUUCAAUUUCUUCUCAUAAUGAGGUUAAUGAAUCAACCAAUAUCUCAUCAAAUAACAAUAAUGACAAUAUUAAUAAUACCACGAGCAUAAAUUAUCUAAUCGUAUUAAUAACAGAUCCUCCACCAACUAUUUCAUUGAAUAAUGACAAGCAGGAAUUGGCAUAUGGUAGUAGAAUUCCACCAGAUUUGUCAUAUAAUAAAGAAAGUAAAUAUUUGAAGAGAAAGCAUGUACAAUAUACUUCGUCAGAAUCCAAUUCCUAUGAAUUCUCACCGUCAAAUAAUGAUAAUGAACAAGCCAAUAACGAAAAUUCAGACCAAGUAUAUAAUGAUACUUUAGCUGAGGAUCAAGGGCCCGAUGAGAAAUCGAAACGUAAAUCUGGCUAUGAUAAUAGAGAGCAGGAUAAAGGCAAGCAAAAGGAACUACUUGAAUCAAGUUCUGAUUCUGAACAAUCAGAAGUUGAAAAAGCUCACAAUAAAAAGAAAAAACUAUCUUGUGAUCCAUCAGAUCUGCAAGGAAUGUUUUCACAAUGUAUCGAUUUUAACGAAGCUUCAACACCUGUAUUAUUAGAAUCAUUGCCAAAGCAUUUAAAAAAUGAAACAGAAUACAAUAUCCUAAUUCAAGCGUUAUUAGGAGAUCCAAAAUUUUCAAAAUUUUCUAACCCAAAAGGUGAAGAUGUAUUAAUAUUAGCUGAUAUUGCUGAGAAACUUUAUUAA